AUGACAAGUCUCCUACCCUUCGCUUUUGCCAUUCAAGAGAUCAACAAAGACAGACAGCUCCUGCAGAACCUCACCCUUGGCUACAACAUCCAUGACAACUAUUUGAACACUCUUGGAACUUCAUAUACCUUGUUAGACAUACUAUCUACUGGAGAGGCCAGUGUUCCCAACUACAGCUGUGGAAGGAAGGACAACGUCAUCGCUCUUCUAGAUAGAGCUGCCAGUGACAUUUCCAUCCAGAUGUCAACAUUGGGAGGCAUCUACAAAGUCCCUCAGUUCCAUCCCUUUCUGGAGAAGAAUGAGUUUUGCAAUCUUUCCUGGAGGAAACUCUACUUGGACCACAAUGGAGAUGUAGCAGCAGAUCUGAACGUCAUAAGUUUGGUGGUUCAUGGCAAGGAGAAUCUUAUCAAAGAACACUUGGGGAGUUUUGCAAGGCAGAGUCUUACGAUUAACCAAGAUGCACUCUCACAAAUAAAGUUGCUCAAUAUGGUAAAAGCUCAUACAACUGAAGAUGUACCUAAAGGAAACAUUGAACUGUUUGUUAUUAAUCGUGGAGCCAAAGAAGUUAAAGUGAAAUGGUUUCCUCUGAAUGAACCCAAUGGGCAAAUAACAUAUGCUGUUCUUUUCACUGGAAUCUUUUAUGCUGACAAAGCUAAUGGCAAUUACAGUAUUUUAAAUUGCACACAAAUUUUACAUACCGGCAAAGAAGCCAAUGUCUGGGUGUCCAUUGGAGGACUAAUUCCAUUUUCAAACUACACAGUGGAAGUGAAUGCUUCUAAUAGCCAAGGCUAUGUGAUCAGUGAUCCUGUAGAAAUUGCCCUAACUGCUGGUGCUCCAGAUGGCAUGUUGCCUCCUAGGCUUUCAUCUGCCAGUCCAACCAGUCUUCAGGUUUUCUGGUCUACACCAGUUCGCAAUAAUGCUCCAGGCUCACCCAGAUACCGACUCCAAAUAAGACUUAAGAACUGCCCAGAAAAUAAUACAGAGUUGUUUUCUAAACCAACAAUUUAUUUACAUCACAUACUGAAGAACCUGCAGCCACAUACAUCUUAUGAGUUGAGGGUUAUUGCCUGCAACGAAUAUGGUGAUACAUUCAGCAACUGGACUCUGAUGGAUACAGAAGAGGAUAAACCAGGACCUAUUGACCCACCACUAAUCUUGGAAGUGAAAUCCAGAGAAACAACCAUUUCCUGGCAGCCUCCUUCAAGGCCAAAUGGCAUUGUCACCCAUUACAACAUCUAUCAAAACAACCAGCUGCACGCUACUAUACCAGGAGCUAGAUCAAAAUAUAUUACAUCUUUCUUGCAACCAUAUACAGUUUACCGAUUUCAAGUGGAAGGAUGCACUUCCAAAGGGUGCUCCCUUUCCUCUGAGAGCCUACCUAUACAAACCCUUCCAGAUGCACCUGAAGACAUCCCUGCUCCAGAACUAUACUCAGACACGCCAACAUCUGUGCUUGUGUCAUGGCAAUCUCCUCUUCAUCCAAAUGGACCAGUUGAAAACUUCACAAUAGAGAGGAGAGUAAAGGGAACUGAACACGUGUCCACAGUAGCUUCUUUUCCUUCCAAUUGCUCCAAAAGUUAUCUAGACCAAAGUGCUGGUCUCAGCCCUUGGAAAGAAUAUGAAUACAGAAUACUGGCAAGCACUUUUCAAGGUGGCAUUAACAGCAGUUCUUGGGUAGAAGUCACCACCAGGCCCUCAAGACCUGAAAACAUCCAGGCUCCUAAGGUGCAAGCAUUGGAUCCAUACACUGCCCAGGUUUCCUGGGAAUCUCCUUCUAUUUUAAAUGGAGAAAUUUUGAGCUAUGAGAUCCACAUGCCGAACCCUCGAAUCACUAUAAAUAACAAUUUGACAACUUCAAUGAGCCAUGUAGUAACCAACCUGAUUCCUUUCACAAAUUACUCGGUCACCAUAGAAGCUUGUACAGGAGGUGGAGAUUACAUUGGAGGGUGCACCAAGAGUUUGCCAACAUAUAUGGUUACACUUCCAACAUUUCCCCAAAAUAUCAGUUCUGUGACUGUGACCCCAAUUAAUGAGUCAGUCAUUACUGUGUAUUGGCAACCACCAUCUAAACCCAAUGGACAUCACAUAAGAUAUGAGCUCCUGAGACGUAAAAUCCAGCAGCCACUUCCAUCAAAUCCCCCUGAAGAUUUAAAUCUCUGGGACAAUAUUUACUCAGGAACUCAGUGGUUUUAUGAAGAUAAGGGUCUUAGCAGGAAUACAACAUAUGCAUAUAAGCUGAAAGUACAUAAUGAAGUAGGAUAUACGUCAAGUGAAGAAGUGGUUGUUACAACAUUAGCAGGAUUUUCAGAGAAAAGCACUAAUGUUGCUGCAAAGCCUCUUAACCACACAGCUAUAGAAGUGAAAUGGACUACUCCAACCUUACAAGAUGUUGAAGGAAGUAUUGAAUAUUAUUUACUUUCCUGGAAUGACACUGGCCAAAUAAACUCCAAAAAGAUCCCCACAAGUGAAAAUAGUGCUGUUAUUGAUGAAUUAUAUCCAAAUACACACUAUCAGAUUUUGCUUCAAGUUUUCAGUGGACUUCACAGCAUCACAAGUGAACCUGUGCAAGUGAUUACACCAGAUGUAGAGCCAGAGGGCUUGUUCCCCCCAGAGAUUGUCAUCAUCAAUAGUACAGCUGUACGUGUCAUUUUGGCAUCACCUUCAAACUCAAAUGGUGUUGUCACAGAAUAUUCUAUUUACGUAAAUAACCGAUAUGAGACCAGAAUGAAGGUGCCCGGAUCUUUCAUUUUAGGAGAUUUGUCUCCAUUCACUCUUUAUGACAUACAGGUUGAAUCCUGCAGAAGGAAUGUUUGUGUGAGAAGUAAUGGAACCCAAAUCAGAACUGCAGAAGAUGUGCCAAAAGACUUAUUGCCACCAUGGAUCGAUGUCCUUGGUUCAAGAUCACUUCAGAUUAACUGGACAUCACCAGGACAACCAAAUGGCAUUGUUUUAGGAUAUGAGCUAUUGCGUAAAGCUCAGCAUACCUGCCCUGAGUCAAAGCAACUGUCAAAACAUCAAAGUGAAGGAACUUGCCUGCUCUUGGAAUGCAACAUUCAUGAAAACAUACAUGGAAGACGAUGCAGUAAUCCCCAGUUUAAGAUAUGUUGCAAUGGGAAUCAGUACAAUACUCCAAAUUUCCAAUGCUGUGAGGACAAAUAUCUUUCAUUUCUUCUGAAUGUAUCAAGUGCUUGUUGUGGAGGUCAGAGGUAUACAGUGGAACCAGAGUAUCACUAUUGUGGUAACUAUUCUACACGGAUAUUCACAGAGACAUUUAUACAUAGAAGAAUAGAGAAGUUAAUACAAGAAGGUGUCAUAGUACAGUCUUAUUGCUAUCUAAAUGAAAAGCUAAACUGGGUGUCUGUUGUAAUUGAAAACUCUUACUGCUGGCGUAUUCCUUUGUCAGGAAACCAGAUUCGUUGUGGAGUGUUCUGUGGUAGACAUGAAUAUGUGAAUAUGUCAAGUAUAGUAUGCUGCUCAACCUUCAGUGGUGAAACUAAAGCCCACAUUAAAAAGAAUAACUCAGUGCCAUUAAAAUGCUGUGUGAUUGAACUUAUUCCAGAGAGCGAAGAAUGUUGUAAUGGACUUGGAUAUAAUCCCUUGAAAUAUGUUUGCGCUGACAGCAUUUCAACUAGAAUGAUGAUGAAGAUAAAAGAAGAAUCGAAAUGCAUCCCACUGUGUCCUAGAUCUACUGAAGAAGUGACAUACUGUGGGCAGUGUAACUUUGACGACCAUACUUGUUUAUGUGCUUGGAUAAAGAGUUCCUGUAGUUAUACAAAAAAUAGAGAAAAUAAAAGUGUAUGCCCAUCUUUCGAGGAAAAGAUUUAUACAGGAGGCCCAACUCAGUAUUCAUUCAAAGAUAAGAAUCUAGAACCUCAUAUUACAUAUGAAUAUAGGCUAGCUGUGUGGAACAAACAUGGGAAAGGCUUUAGUGAAAUGAACAGUGCAACCACUGAACAAGAUGUCCCUGAAGGUAUACAUCCACCUCAUUGGACAAAAGUGGAUAAUCGUGAAGAUGUAAUAUUUCUAACAUGGAAGGAACCUUGUCAACCAAAUGGUAUCAUCAUUUAUUAUAUUAUUCUCCGAAAUGGAGUUGAACAUUUCAGAGGAAAGGAACUGAACUUCAUGGAUACCAGUGAUAUUCAACCAUACCAGGAAUACUCAUAUUUAUUGCGUGCUUGCACUGUGGCUGGAUGUUCAGACAGUAGCACGGUAAUUGCAGUCACUGUCCAAGGAAUUCCGGAGAAUGUUCUGCCACCAACAAUUAUACCUCUAAAUGCAACAACCUUGCAUUUGAGUUGGGCAGCACCAAAGAAGCCAAAUGGUUUAAUCAAAGAAUACCUCAUCCAUCAAAUUGGAAGGGGACUUAUAUGUACUGGCCCUGCAGACCAGGUGCAGCUCACCCUCACAGAACUUCAGCCUUAUGAAAACUACAACUUCACACUCACAGCAUGUACAUUUGCUGGUUGUACUACCAGUCAGACAACUGCAGGUAGAACAUUGCAAGCUGCUCCUCAAGGGGUAUGGUCACAGCCUCGCCAUAUUACAGUAAGCUCUAAAAUAGUGGAAUUGUAUUGGGAUGAGCCAGAAAAAACCAAUGGAAUUGUCAUUCAAUAUAGAUUAUUUUGUGAUGGAGAAGAGAUUUUCAAAGGUGGUGGAGAAAAUCUGAAUUUCACCCAUUCCACCAUGCAACCAAAUAACAGAUACGUUUACCAGCUAGAAGCCAGUACAUGGGGUGGUAGCAAUAUCAGUGAAAAAUAUAUUGUCCAGACACCAGCAACAACACCGGAGGAGAUUCACAUACCAUACAAUAUCACAGUAAUUAAUGCAGAUUCCAUAUUCGUAGCAUGGGACAUUCCUGGGUUAUUUAAGAGCAAUGUACCUUUGGAGUACAAUAUAUUACUAGAUGCUGGCAGUACCUCCUCACUUGUAAAACCAGUUGGGCAGUCCAAUUUCACUGUUCUGGAUGGACUUGAUCCAUGCACCCAAUAUGAGAUAAGGAUUCAAGCCUGCCAGAAUGAUGACUGUGGAGUUGGUGAACAAGUAUAUGCAACCACUGCUGAAGCCUUUCCUGAAGAUUUGAGUCCUCCUGUCAUUUCAGCCAUUGGACCAACAUAUAUAGAUGUGAAAUGGAUACCUCCUAAAAAACCCAAUGGGAUAAUUAGAAACUACUUUAUUUACAGACGUCCUGUGGGGACUCAAGAGGAAAGGCUUGUGUUCAUCUGGUCUGAAGGCACUUUAGAAUUUAUUGAUGCUACAGAUGCUCUUCUGCCAUUUACUGAGUAUGAAUACCGUGUCAAGGCUCAGAAUUCCAAAGGUUCUGUGAAUAGUUCAUGGUCUCCAACGCAGACCCUAGAAGCUCCACCAACAGGCUUGAAAGCUCCCUCAGCACAAGCGAUCAGCGCUCAUUCUCUGUUCCUAAAUUGGACCAGCCCAACUUCUCCUAAUGGUGCUAUUUCUCAGUAUCACAUUGUCUAUCAAGAGAGACAGAAUGACCCAACAAUUAACACUCAGGAUGUUACUGCACUAACAGUUUCAGGAGAGAUGUAUCAAACUUAUUUGUUUGGUUUGAAGCCAUAUACAACCUACUACAUUCAUAUUGUUGCUGUCAAUAAUGCUGGCCAAGUUGCUAGUCCAUGGACUUCAGUGCGCACCCUGGAAGCUUCUCCAAGUGGCCUAAGCAACUUUACAGUGGACAAGAAAGAGAAUGGCAGGGCAUUAUUACUCAGAUGGCCAGAGCCUUCCAAACCCAAUGGUAAUAUUAAGAUUUACAAUAUUUUCAAUGAUGGUAAUUUAGAAUAUAGUGGUUUGUCUCGUCAGUUCCUCUUCAGACGUCUUGAGCCCUUCACUGAGUACACUCUCCUUCUUGAAGCUUGUACAGCAGCUGGUUGCACUCGCUCUUCGCCACAGCAAAUUUGGACAGAUGCAGCCCCUCCUGCUUCUCAAAUGGCUCCCGUGAUCCAUUCGGUGAAUGCAACCAGCAUUGAACUGAGCUGGUCUGAGCCAAUUAAUUCAAAUGGAAAAAUAAUGCGCUAUGAAGUUAUUCACAGACACACCAAAGAAAAUGCUUCAGAGGAAAAUAGCACGACAGAAGAAGAGGACAUUGUUUUCACAGAAUAUAACACUGGGAGUAAUGCAUUUGUAUAUCAUGCUCAGCAUUUGCAGCCAUGGACUACAUAUGAAUAUAAAAUACGUGCCUGGAAUUCAGCAGGCUACACUGAUAGUCCUUGGUCUGCUGCAAAAACCAGUCAAGCUGCCCCAGAAGGCAUGGCUGCUCCCAUGUUAACUUUUAUCCCUCAAAAUCCCAGCAAAAUGUGGAUUUCAUGGUCACUCCCAGAAAAAAGCAAUGGUGUUCUGCUGUCAUAUAAGCUCCAAAGAAAUGAUGUUCCCUAUCCUUUUAGCUUUGAUGCUUCAACCUUCAAUUACACUGAUGAAGAUUUGCUUCCAUAUACAGAAUACAAUUAUGUAAUAACUGCUUGCACCCUGGAAGGGUGCUGCUCUAGUGACCAUUCCAGAAUACGGACAUUAGAGGCACCUCCAGCAAUAGUCAGCCCUCCUACUCUAGAAGGUAUACAUUCAACCCAGAUUAAUGUAUCUUGGUCACCACCCCAAAUUCAAAAUGGUGAAAUCGUAAAGUACAUUUUAAAGCUGAAUGGUGAAGAACAAUAUGUUGGAAAGAGUUUAUUCAAGACAGUAGUGAAUCUACAACCUUAUGCUAAAUAUGACAUCACAUUGGUUGCCUGUACCAAUGGAGGCUGCACUGCUAGUGCAUCCCAAUCUGCUUGGACAAUGGAAGCCUCUCCUCUUAACUUAGAUCCCCCUAAGUUACUAGUGACAGAUUCAGAAUCUCUAGAAAUUACAUGGAAAGCUCCCAAUAAUCCAAAUGGUAAAAUCCAGAUUUAUGAGCUAAGGAGAAAUGGAUUGCUGGUUUAUUCAGGUCUAGAUACACACUAUAAAGACUUUAUGUUAACUCCUGGAAUGGAAUACAUCUAUACUGUUACUGCAAACAACAGCCAAGGGAGUGUCACCAGUCAAAUAGCUAAGAUAAGAACUGAUCCUUCUGCCCCAUCUGGAAUGUCUCCACCUCUGUUGCAUCCAUGGACCUCACAGACAAUUUUGGUUAUUUGGGAUCCUCCAGCAAAGAUUAAUGGUAACCUGAUCAAUUAUACUAUCAUUCUUCGGGAGCCUAUUAAAUCACAAAAGAAAGUGAUUUAUCUGGAUUCAUUCCAUGAUUCUUUUGGAAGACGAUCUUACAACUUAACAGAACUAAAACCUUAUCAAAGGUACGAAGUACAAGUACAAGCUUGCGGUCUUCUCGGCUGCACUCACAGUGAAUGGUCAUCCGCACAAACUCUUGAAGCACCCCCUGAAAUACAGCCAGCUCCUUUCAUAGAUGUCCAGUCAAGUCCUGAUGGAUUCCAGACUGUUCUUUCCAUUGUGUGGACUGGCCCAAAGCACCCAAAUGGAGACAUCUUACAUUAUGAGCUUUAUCGAAGACAGUCAGUACCCAAUCAACACAAUGUCAGCCUUGUUUAUAAUGGUUCAUCCACUUCAUUCAAAGAUGACACACUCUUGCCUUUCACCGAAUAUGAAUAUCAGGUUUGGUCAGUUAAUUCUGCUGGCCGAACCGCUAGCAAUUGGACAAAAUGUAAGACUGGCCCAGCCCCUCCUCAAGGACUUCCAGCCCCUUUGUUUGAAACAGUAGCUUCUACUUCUGCUGUAGUCAACAUCCGUCCUCCUCUAAAACCAAAUGGAAUAAUCACCCUCUACAGGUUCUUCUCUAAUAGCACCAAAGGAAAGGAGAAGGUGCUCUCAGAAGGAACUACUGCUCAGCAGACAAUACAUGGACUCAAACCUUUUACCACUUAUUCUAUUGGGGUUGAAGCUUGCACAUGCUUUAACUGCUGCAGCCAGGGACCGAUGGCUCAAGUCACCACCCAACCAGCUCCACCAACUCAGCAGCCAUUUCCUCAUAUAGAAAAUCUGACUUCAAGAAAUGCUUCUUUUCUGUGGGAGGCUCCUCAGGAACCCAAUGGCAUUGUGAGAAGAUAUGAACUCCACAUGUACACAUCCUGUCUUCCUUGGUUACUGCCCAUAGAAAGAGUUUGUAAGCCUGGACCUAUCGAAGUGAGAUAUAGUGGAAAGAACCGGCAUUCCAGUGUAAGUGACCUUCAGCCUUAUACAACCUACAAACUGAGAGUGGUGUCCUACAAUUCAGUUGGAAGUACUACUUCAGAAUGGAUUACUUUUACUACUGAAAAAGAGGUUCCUCUAUACAAAUCCCCAUUUAUCAUAAUUGGAAAUUUAUCCACCAUCUUCUUGGAUUGGAGUCACACUUUCCUACUGAAUGGGCUUCUGAAGGAAUAUGUGCUAAUGGAAGGAGGGCAGUGCAUCUACAGUGGCUUUGAUACUAGACUGUACUUGCCAAGGACAUCUGACAAAAUUUAUUUAUUUCAGGUGACUUGCAUCACUGAUGAAGGGAGUGCUAUAACACCAGUAAUCAAGUACAAUGCUGCUACUGGAUUUGGUCCUGUCUUGACAACUCCAGGAGAAAAUAACAAAGGCAACACAAAGCAAGCAAUGUUCUACACAGAGUUGUGGUUUGUGAUACUAAUGGCGAUCCUUGCCUUGAUCCUCCUAGCAAUUUUCCUGUCUCUAAUUCUACAGAGGAAAAUAAACAAGCAGCUGUAUUCACGGGAAAGGCCUCCUUUAGUCUCAGUUCAAAAGAGAAUGUCACCAAUGAAUGUCUAUUCACAAGGAGAAACUCACAUGGUAUGGUGCUCUGCCUAUGUUUUGUAA